UACGAGAAAUCUGUAAGGUAAGCGCGUCGCACAUGGGACUGUAUAACGUUAGUGGAACCGUUUGUGUUGCUCAACGGUCAGGAAUGUCAGCUGGCAGCGACAUCGGAGCGCGACUCACCCAGUUCAAAAACAAAGGGAAAGAUGCCAAUGAGCUAAGGCGCCGGAGAGCGGAAGUCAACGUGGAGCUCCGAAAAGCAAAGAAAGAGGAUCAGAUACUGAAGAGGAGAAAUGUCCAUAAUCUCUCGGACGAGCCUACCUCUCCUCUACAAGAGAAAGAUCCAAACGCACAGCCUCCUCAGCACUGGUCAGUGGAGGAGAUUGUGGGAGGUGUAAACAGCCAGAGCCUAGAUCAUCAGCUGCAGGCCACACAGGCAGCCAGAAAACUCCUUUCCAGAGAAAAACACCCACCUAUUGACGGCAUUAUUGCUGCUGGCCUCAUCCCGAAGUUUGUUAGAUUUCUGGCAUUGUCUGAAUGUCCCCCCAUCCAGUUUGAGGCAGCUUGGGCCCUGACCAAUAUCGCCUCAGGUACAUCAGACCAGACCACCGCUGUCGUAGAAGAAGGGGCUAUCCCAGCUUUCAUCAGCCUUGUGGCAUCGCCCCACCCACAUAUAAGCGAACAGGCCAUUUGGGCUCUGGGAAACAUUGCAGGUGAUGGAUCCAACCAGAGAGACCUAGUAAUCAAACAUGGUGGACUCCAGCCGCUCCUGGCCCUGCUGGCAGCCCCUGACCUGUCUGUUUUUCCUUCUGGCUACCUGCGCAAUGUCACCUGGACACUGUCCAACCUGUGUCGGAACAAGAACCCGGCCCCUCCUUUGACCGCGGUGCAACAGCUGCUUCCAGCCCUGGUGCGUCUCCUGCACCAUGACGACAGGGAGGUCCUAGCCGACACCUGCUGGGCUGUGUCCUAUCUGACUGAUGGCUCCAAUGAGAGGAUAGAGGUGGUGGUACAGGCUGGCCUGGUGCCCCGCCUGGUACAGCUUCUCACCUGUGGGGAGCUCUCCAUUGAUGGUAUGUGGUUGAGAACUCCAGCCCUGCGGUCCCUUGGCAACAUUGUUACUGGGACAGAUGAGCAGACCCAGUGUGUUCUGAAUGCAGGUGCCCUGGCGAUGUUCCCUGGGCUGCUGCGUCACCAAAAGCCCAAUAUCCAGAAAGAAGCAGCCUGGACGAUCUCCAACAUCACCGCUGGCAAGGACUCCCAGAUUCAGGAGGUUAUCAAUGCAGGGCUGAUUCCAAUCGUGGUGGAGAUCCUCCAACAGGGAGACUACAAGACCCAGAAGGAGGCAGUGUGGGCUGUCACCAACUAUACCAGUGGUGGAACAGUGGCACAAGUGGCCUACCUUGUCCAAUGCAAUGUGCUGGGGCCUCUGCUCAACCUACUGACAGCUAAAGACAGCAAGAUCAUCUUGGUGAUCCUGGAUGCAAUCUACAAUAUUUUACAGAUGGCAUACAAAGCUGGUGAGAUUGAGAAACUGUGCCUAAUGAUUGAGGAGUUGGGUGGUUUGGACAAGAUUGAAGCACUGCAGUCUCAUGACAAUGAAGCUGUCUACAAGUCCUCUCUCAACAUUAUAGACAAAUUUUUCUCUGAAGAGAAUGAAGAAGAUGAGUCUGUGGUUCCUGAGGCUACAGCAGACUCCUAUGCUUUCCAGAUCCCUGAAGAUCAAAGCACUUUCCAGUUUUGACACAUCCACUUUGCUCUUUGUAACAUGAACUGAAAAUUCUCACCUUGUUAAUAUUUUUGUAUUUUUUUUUUAACAUUUCAACCUUGUACAUAACAGUACAAAGACAAAAUAUUCCUGUUUUGAAAAAUAUUUGUAUGUAAAUAAAUUUUAUUAAUGCAUAA